AGUGGUUCCGUUAUGAGGUCACGGUGAGGGACUGAACGCUCAGCAGCGAGCGCAAGCGGUAGACAUGAGACGGACGCGAUAGCUGGAAACAUUUAUUCACACAGCUGAAUCAAUCUCUGCUGGCAGCAAUAAAAUAACAGGACCGCGUUUCCUUCGACAGGGAACUACUGAAAAACAUCGCGCGUUGGCUUUAUAGGCGCAGGAAAGGCUUGCAUACGAAAUACUCCAAGGAAGAGGCGCGUGAGGAAAGUUUUCCUACGCGAAAACAAACUGGACGGAACAGUGCAGAAUUCGUGACGCAUAAGCCAUGCACAGGUUGUACAGCGUGGGAUAGUUCUUCAGGUGCCGUUCGUUCGAAGGGGAUGCCUUUUUGGUGGCUUUCUUCAACAAAAGUUUGACGCCAGGAACGCCGUAUUAUUCUGUCCGAAGAGUAAACGCGUCUUUCUGAACGGAACGUUUCUCGCGCUCGUCCAGAGUCGCUGUUUUCUUCUGUUAUUUGUUGGUUUGGCUGGAGGAGCCGUUCCUCGUCGUGUAGUUUUUGGGGGACAGGGGUGGGUUGGAUAUCUAUAUUUUUCACUUUUCCUUCAUGCCCUCGUCCAGGAUGUAUCUUCUUAUGAAAUGCAUGCUGAUUUCCCAACUUGUGGUGCUGAUCGCGAAGAACAGUCGGGCGCUCAUUUGUUUGCCCUGUGAUAAGUCCAAAUGCGAGGAGCCCAAGCACUGCACGGGAUCCGUGGUGUUGGGGAUCUGCGGCUGCUGCUCGGUUUGCGCCAAGCAGAAGAACGAGAGCUGCGGCGGUGUUUACGGUCUGUACGGGACCUGCGACCGCGGACUCCGGUGCGUGAUCAGACCCCCGUUAAACGGCGGCUCCAUCACGCAGUACGAGGUUGGAGUUUGUGAAGAUGAAAACUGGGAUGACGACCAGCUCUUGGGCUUUGAGCCAUGCAAUGAGAACCUGGUUACGGGCUGUAACAUCAUUGAUGGGAAGUGUGAAUGUGACAGUGUAAGAACAUGCAACAACCCAUUUGAGUUCACUAGCCAGGAAGCCUGUCAGACAGCCCUGCAGAAGAUUGAAGAGGAAAGGCCGGAUUGCUCCAAGGCAAGAUGUGAGGUGCAGUUUUCUCCACGCUGCCCUGAGGACUCCAUAUUGAUCGAGGGCUACGCUCCACCAGGUGAAUGUUGCCCCCUGCCCAGCCGCUGCGUGUGUAGCCCAGCCGGGUGUCUGAGGAAAGUUUGCCAGCCUGGGCACCUCAACAUCCUGGUAUCCAAGAGCUCAGGCAAACCUGGCGAGUGCUGUGAUCUCUACGAAUGCAAACCAGUGUUCAGUGUAGACUGCAGCACAGUAGAGUGUCCACCGGUGAAGCCUGUCCAGUGUCCGGCGGACAGCUAUGAGACUCAGGUCAGACUGACAGCAGACGGCUGCUGCACCCUUCCUACCAGAUGUGAGUGUUUGCCUGGCCUCUGCAGCUUCCCACAGUGCUCAGCGGGGACAUCCCCACAGGUCGUGUCCCGUGGCGAUGGAACACCUGGGAGGUGUUGCGAUGUGUUUGAGUGCGUCAACGAGACAAAGCAGGCCUGCACUUUCAACGGAGUGGAGUACCAUGACGGGGACAUGUUCAGGAUGGACGCCUGUCGCUUCUGCCGCUGUCAGGGUGGGGUGUCCGUGUGCUUUACGGCCCAGUGCGGCGUCCUCCACUGCGAACGCUACUACGUCCCUGACGGAGAGUGUUGUCCUGUCUGUGAAGACCCCAUCUACCCAGUGCUCAAUUUAGCCGGCUGCUAUGUGAAUGGGCAGAUCCUGGCUCACGGAGACCAUUGGCGUGAGGACGACUGUACCUUCUGCCAGUGUGUGAGUGGAGAGGCCCACUGUGUGGCAGCUGCCUGUGGCCACAGCUGUCUCAAUCCUGUCACUGUGCCCGGAGAGUGUUGCCCUGUGUGUGAAGAGCCCACCUACAUCACGAUGGCGCCCCCUGCCUGCGGCUCUCUGGACAACUGCACACUGGGGGACAAGAGCUGUCCGUUCGGCUUCCGGCUGGACUCCAGCGGCUGCAGGACAUGCAGCUGCAAGACACGAGAGGAGUUGUGCAGUGGUCUAAUUGCCAGCUGCACUCUGAAAUGCCCUUUUGGUUUCCAGACUGACAUCCACGGCUGUGAUGUUUGCCAGUGUCGCCCACGUCACAGGAAGUGCAAGGCUGUGGCCUGUGCCAAGGACUGCCCCUUCGGCUACAUUAAGAACAAGCAUGGCUGUGACACCUGCCGUUGUAAGAAAUGCCCUGAACUGCCAUGUGACAAGUCAUGUCCAAUGGGCUUCCAGCACGAUGAGUUGGGCUGUCUGAUUUGCCAGUGUAGAGAUCAGAGCUCGACGUCUGUGGCUCCAGCAGUGAAACUGGGCUCCUGCUUGUCUAUGGAUGGCCGCAGGCACGAGAAUGGGCAGAGCUGGCAUGACGGAUGCAGAGACUGUUACUGCCAUACUGGGAGAGAAAUGUGUGCCCUUAUUUCUUGCCCAGUUCCCCCCUGUGAUAACCCCACCAUCCGACCUGGCCACUGCUGCCCCACCUGUCCAGAAGAGUCGAGUUCCCAUAAGCCGGAGCUGAACGAGGCGUCCGUGUGUUUGGCUCCGGGUGGAGAGUACUUUGUGGAGGGAGAGACGUGGAACAUUGACUCCUGCACUCAGUGCACCUGCCACAGCGGCCGUGUGCUCUGUGAGACGGAGGUGUGCCCGCCCCUGCUCUGCCACAGUCCAAUCAGAACGCAGGAUUCCUGCUGCCCUCACUGUCCAGAUGAUCCAGUCACCCCUCAGAUGCCCAGUAACGACAGCAUGCCCAGCUAUUGCAGGAAUGAGGAUGGUGAUAUCUUCUUGGCCGCUGAGUCCUGGAAGCCCAACGUCUGCUCCAGCUGCGUGUGUCUAGACGGGGCUAUCAGCUGCUUCUCUGAGUCCUGCCCCCCAGUCAACUGCGCCCGACCCGUGCUCAGGAAGGGCCAGUGUUGCCCAUACUGUCUAGAUGCCACGCCAAGGGCCGUGUGUCAUUUCAACGGGAAGACGUACAUGGACGAGGAACGAUGGGACAUUGACAGCUGCACUCACUGCUACUGCCUGCAAGGCCAGACCCUCUGCUCGACUGUCAGCUGUCCUGUCUUACCCUGCCAUCAGCCGGUCACUGUGGAGGGCAGCUGCUGCCCCAUGUGUCCAGAGAGUUACGCUCCCACAAAUGUUCCCAUAGAGAAGACAGACCAACGAGGAGACAAGCAGAGACAUCAACCAGCCUGGCCAACUCAUAGCGAAAACGAUAUUAUGCCACAGUUCAGAGGUGACUAUGGAAGUCUGCAGAUGCCCUACCUAGAUGGCAAGACACGUUUACCCAGUGAGGAUGCUGGUCUGCACUGGGCCUGGGUGGCACUGCCCAUCCUAAUGAUGAUGCUCACUAUCGCCGCCCUGCUGUUGGUCAACCAGCGUAAGCAGUGGAUCCCUGUGCCUUGCUACCGCACACCCAAUAAGCCCACCUGUCUCAAUAACCAGCUGGUGUAUGUGGACUGCCAGAAGGGAACAAAGGUCCAGGUGGACAGUUCCCAACGCAUGCUCCGCAUUGCAGAUCCUGACUCGAGAUACAGCGGUUACUACAGCAUGCAGAAACACAACAACCUGCAAGCUGACAACUUCUACCAGACCGCGUGAGACACAGCAGAGAGAGAGAGAGUGAGUGAACGAGAAAGAGAGAGACUGAGCCUGUGUUCAGCUGCCAAACCUUUGCGGCACAUGGACACCUACUAAAAAACUGUUGAGACGGACAAAACCACCAAACCAAGUGGUCAGAGAAGAGACCCUGAUACUGAAUAACAAUUAUAAUAUUCACAUAAGUCACUCCAAGCAAAUCGAAAACAUAUUUCACACCUUGACACCCGAAAGUCUCACCAGGAGAUGGAAGCAGCACCUAUGUAACUGAAACAUUAUGGAGUGUGGUUGUUAAAUUGGACAGGACUCUUCCAGAAUACUUUUGUGAAUCAGAGGUAUGGUAGGUUGAGCAUCUUUUGUGAGUAAGCGUGAGUUUUCGUGGAUGUUCAGGCACAAGUUGAAGGUAGUCGUGAAGUCUAAUGAACGUUUUUUUGGGAUUAGGACAACUGGGGUGUAUUUUGUUUGUUUGUUGUUUGUUUGUUGUUUGUUUGUUUUCAACCAUAUUUUUCCUGCAUUCCUAACUUUUUUCUGUUGGAAAAGAGAGAAAUUAUUUUAGGAGUGAUAACUUUGACACAAGUGCUUGUGUGAACACUUAACGCUGAACCAAAGCUUCUCUGUCUAUGAAACCUGAUAUUCCCAGAUCCGUCGAGAGGCCGAGAAGGGACGUUCACUUCCCUGAGACAGAGGAGGCGCUGGACUGUGUACGGAGCACAGCAGAGAGAUGAGUAGAGGGAAAAAAAAGAGGGAAAAUCAGAUGAAAGAAAUUCUGUUGUUGGAACAUAUGCAGUUUUGUAGAAGAUGCUACUGUAAGAUUGCUAUUUCCCCAGUGUUGUGGGUUGAGUUUGGCCAUUUUUCUUUUCUCUGUUAAAGACAAAAGGAGGAAAAGCCGAGUAAACUGCUCUGUGGACAUGAGUUCUUCCUGUUAAUGGAUGUGUGGGGUCUCAAUGUUGUAUUUCUGCUUAUAUGUACGAGCGUUUUCCCAUUUAAUCAUACAAACACCAUUUGCUCUUUCUCCCACAACUAAGGGCAGAUUGACACUCCUAGCAAAUAUAUAUUUUCCUGAAACGAAUCCGAGAAUUGUGAAGCGAGAUGCAGGAACAUAGCAAGAGUGGUUUGGAUUUGAGGCUAUGCUUUACAAGUGCUGCUUUUUCUUUUUUGCUUUGAUUCUUUAAACCUCAUUUUGUCGCGAUGAAAACCAGUAGUGAGGAUUGUUUGCGUCUUUAAGAAACAUUUACCAGGAAAACAGAAUCAAAGGGCCUGCGAGCAGAAUGGGUUUUUGUGCAAAUCGCUUGUAAAAACAUUUGUACGUUUCUGAAGUUUAGCAGUGUUUGUGUGGAUUUGUAACUAGGGGUGUAACGGUACACACAUUCGCACCGAAAAUUUUCAGUACAGCAGUCCAUGCACAUUUUAAUUACUGCAUGUGUGUGGAACACAUUUAGAAAUUAUAAAGUAUAUUGAUAUAUUUUCCAAUGAGGAUUGUAGGAAAAUACCAUUUUUAUCGAUAUACUUUGAUGUUGAGAAUGCAUUUGAAAAUGAAACGCAGAACACAGAGUGAGCGGUUGUGAAAAAACCUUAACAUGAGACAUGCUUUAUAUUAAGAAUUUCAAACUAUGCAGAUUUCCCUCAUUUCAAAUGAAUGCACUUGAGACAUGUUUUCAUCAACACAUGGCAUAUUAAAGUUUUAUCUUUAUCUGUUAAUGUUAAAAGUCAUGGGAGGGUUUCCAUUUUGCAAAUGAGGUAUUUUGUGUACCACUAUACCCCUACUUCUAACUUAAAAAAAAUAGUAUGUAAAAUAAAGCAAUAAGCCGCGUGAAACCGUGGUUUACAGUGAUUUUAUAACAGCUAAGGGGCAUUGUGCCUAACAGCGCCCCUUAGCUGUUAUAAAUUCACUGUAAACCAUGGAUUCACAGGGAUUACUGAUUUUAUAUAAACGGUUAGUCCAUAUACAUGGCAAGGUUACACAUAAUAAAACAAAGCAAAUUUUAAUGAUAUCAGUAAAAACAUUUUUCCCCAAAAAAAUGUUAAAAGUGAUUGCCGGGCUUCAAACUUCAAACGGGGCUCAACCAAUCAGAAUCAAGGACCGGAACUAUCCGUUUUAUUUAUUUUUUUUAUUUUAUCCGUAGACAUUUUUUUAAAUUGAUUCAUUUUUAUAAGAUUGGUCUUUACCUAAGAUCAAUCUGAUAAAUGAUUUCUAAAUACUAUUAGUUCCGUGAAUAAUUUAAACAAAAAAGUUGUAUACCUGUCGAGAUUUUUAGUUUACAUACGAAUGGUGUUAGGAUUGCUUACGUACUAGUAGUACUAACUAUUUGCACAAGUUCUAAGUUUCCAAAAAUUUACCAAUGUUUCUACUAACAAAAUUAACACCAAUCUAAAAAUGACAUUGUUAAUUAUUACUAGUAGUUCUACACAUUGACACAGAGCGUUGUUUAUGAGAGAAUGGUUUUACAAGUGAUUUACACAGAAAUUGUGCCAGUGUUUUGAGAACGAGGUCUAAACAAUGAUCAAAUUAAUUUUGGUAGGGGAUCUGAGAGAAACGUAUACCGUGGUUAAAUGUUUUCCGUUUUUCUUUAUUUGUACUGUUCACGAAACUGCCUCUUUUUCUGGAAGCUUUGAAACAUUACUGAGGCACCUUUGUGUUCUCAUUUUCUAACUGAGAACGAAUUUGGCUUCAAAAAUCCAAAGCUAUUAUAGGAACAUUUAUGUACAUAUUAUUGCUAAAAUGAAAAGACCUCAAAUAUUAUGUGAGUAUAUAUGUAUGUGUGUAUGUAUAUGUGUUCGCAUGUACGUACGAGUGCGCACACACAAACGCACCUGUACGCACACAUGACUUCUCUUCAUUGGUUCUUAGUUCAUUUUCCUAAUGAAUGUAUUUAUGAUUGAGCAAAAUAAGAGAUUUAUAUAAUGGCAAACUGAUGAUGACAGGCAUUCCAUUGCCUUUCUUGUUUGGUGGUAAUUAAAAAAAGCACAGUCGAUGAUGAUACUGAAAGAAAGACAAACAUCUCAUUCGAUCCUUAUUUUUGUGUGUGUUUUUUCCCUUUUGUUUUCACAUAUAGAGCUUUGCUCAGUUGAACGUUUUGGGGCCCAUAAGAGUCACUUUGGCUUUGUUUAGACAGGAAAAAAAUAAUCACGUUUUGGCUUAUCCAACUUUUAAAUUGAUUUUCGUAGUGUGAAAUAUUAGACCAAGAGAAAUCUAAUGUUUACAAAAGACAGCGUGGACAGCCAAUUCUAAAUAUUAGAUAAAAAAAUGUAUUUGUGUGCAACAAAGCCUUCGUUUCUGUACGUGAAGCAAUGUCACGUCGCCAUCCAUUGUGAUCUUACAGCCGAACGAUGAAGCUAUAGUUUGAUCGUUUCCUGUCAUGAGUCCCUUCAGGUGUCAGAACUACUGGAAUGUUGAUGGACAUAAGCUGUUGAAGUGAGGGGGCGGGCAAGGGGCGGGGCAUUUGGGAGGGGAAUGGGUGGGGCUGGAUAUUUGUGAUAGUUUGUCUUGGUUGUAUCUUUAUCUAUAUGUGAUAUUGUUUGUAUAGCUAUACAACUUGGCACUUUUAUAUAGAGAGAAGUAACCUAUGUGUUUCUUUCUUGUUUUGGUUUAGUUUGUUUUCUAACUAAUCUUUUUAGUAGACAGAGUUUGCCCUUAAUUUGGAAUGUCUUUUUUUCCUCCUAAACCCUUGUGGGACCCUGUGCAACAGUAAUCUGGUGAAUCUCAUAAAAACACUUCCAAGUCACAUUUUACCCCUAAAUCAAAUGCAUAUAUAUACUGAGAUCUGAGAAUCUGAAGCCUAUUUUUAAGACACUGUUUGCAUUAUAAUAUAAUUUUUUACGACAAUUAAGCACACGUUCUCCGAAACAUUGUUUAUUUUUCCUUUUUUGUUGUCUAUUAAAAGCAGAUUAAUCAAAGUAUUUUUUAUAAAUAUAUUUAUAUUUCAAAGGAAAAAAAUUCUCGUUAGUUAUAGAAAUUUUUGAAAUUUUUUGUAUUACGGUAAUGAUAGUUGUGAUGGAAAAUGUGCUUUAUUGUCUUGAAAGUUGUCGUGAAUUAUCACGUGUAAAUGAAUAAUGGUUUUAUUUUCUUUGUGAAUUUUCUUUUUUUGAGUGGAUUCACAUAAUUUGUUUCAGAACUUUUCAACUGCAACAUUCAAUUAUGUAAUAAAUACAAUACUUAGGCACAUCUUCACAACAUCAUUUACUGUAUUAUGACCACAAAAUUGUGGUUUAGCCUUGAUUCAAGCACGUAAAUGUGUAGAUAUAACUGAUGAUAUAAGGCUAAUUACAGAGAUUUGGACCUUCACUCCUGUUUAUUCUUUACAACGUUUCUGUUUUGUGGAAGUGAAACGAUUAGUAGCCCUGUCUUUCAGUCACGGCCAAUCAAAAAGCAUCAGAGAGAGGGUAAACAAGAAUUAUUAAUGGUUUGCUGUAGAGGACCCAACCACCUUUACAAAAAUAAACUCAACAGCAUUUCAGCAAGAUGUCAUCCAUAUUUAAUGAGCAAUGUGAAAUCUGUGCAUAGCCCACUUUCAGGUUGAAAUGCAAUUUCCACACAAAACAACAUUUCCUCCUCAUUGCCUCUGAAUACUGUGCUUGAGUUUAUAGAUGAAAGCCAGUGAACACCACUGACUGGAUUUGAUUUGAUUUGAUUCAGCCAGACCUGCUCAUUCAUUUGGGUCUCACGGGGUGUAGUCUUGAUUUUAUUUUUUUAUUUUUGUGCAUUCUCUAAGUAUUGUUGUAAAUACUUGAGUGUCACUCGCCAAAACGUAAAAAAAAAAAAAAAGGUAUGGAGAAAAUAAGAAUUAGAGAUGUAAUAUAUUGUCUAUGACCUUAAUAAUUUAUUGUUGAGCAGAAAAACUGAACUUAGCGGAGGAUGCAGCUCAAAUCACAGAUGUUUGCAUUGUGUCGAUCUCUCAAAGAGCGUUUCAAAGUUCAGUUUCCGUUUGUUCUUUAUUUUUGUUUUUUUUAUAUUAUUUUGUUUUUUUUGAGAGCACACCAUUUUUACAAAAGGAUGCUAAGCAAGUUCGUUUGUUCCAAGAAAUUGAAGCCCAAGAAGCUUCUAGAAAUGUGUCCCCGUUUCUCCUCUCCUCCCUCUCAUUCUUUCUUUCUACAUAAAAUAUCCACCCUUCUGGAGUUUGUGUUCUACUGGUGUUUAAUGUUCAUGUAAAAAAAAUAAUAAUGUCAACAUGGGUCAUGAUACUGCAGAUUUAUAAAAAGGGUAGAUGAAAAGUUGACUCAGAAUUCCUGUAGCACAGCAGAUUUUUUCCAGUUUCUUGUAUUAUUUUGUUUCUUUGCAGCACAAUAAAUACUUUUUAAACAA